AUGUGUGACUCGUGUUUUCUGUCAACUGCAUACCAUCCGUCUUAUACCAAUGGAAACCUUCGAGAAAUACACUCAUUUGCAAAUCAAUUUGUUUUUCACGAGAGACUCAACCGAAUCUCUCUUGGCACGAUAGUCGAGAUAUCGCAGUGUAUUUUCAUAAAGGAAACUACUCACAAGGUUACUGAAAACUCUUCGACAGCUCCCGACUUAUUUCGCCCUUGUAGGGUCUCAUCAGGGGAGACUCAACUGAAUCUCUCGCUUAUGGUAUUCUACAACUGGAUGUGCUGCACACAGGCCGCCUCAUGA